UGCCGUUGUUGCAUCACUGAGUGAACAUUGUUUAUUGUAAUGAAAUACACCAUCAAGAAUGAAAUGGAGAAGAAGGAGGCAAGUGACGAAGGAAACGUUACAAAGAUGGCUCAGUGCAACACUGUGGAAGGGUUAAAAGAAAGCUGGCAGAAAUGGGCUAACGAUCACUGUGAGUAUCAGAAACACAAUCCCUUCAGCAGCAAUAGGACAAUAACUGUGCAAUUCCAGAAAGGAGAGGAAGGCUACGGGACACCCAAAGAGGGGUCAAGAACACAGCAAAGGGGGCAGAGAGCGCACGCUCACAUUGAGAAGGAGGUGGACGAACUCUGUAUGAUCAUUAAAAGCAUUGGAGAAACAGGAGGGGAUGGGAAACCCAGGGUGGCAUUUGGGCCUUUGUUUGAGAGAUACGUGACCAUUUCUAAUAAACUUGUAGGGGUCCUGCUGACGGCCAGAAAGCAUGGGAGGAUUUCCUUUGAGGGGGAGAUGCUCUGGCAGAGAAGAGAUGAUGACGUGAUUAUUACAGUGCUGGAAUGAAAGAAUUCUUGAGCUGAAACCUUCAAUAGCAGUGUAGGUGGUAAUCAGAUUAAAGUCAUUUUAAUUAACUCUAAUUCAAACGGGCUGGACACAAAACAGAAACAACUACAAUAACACUGUCAAUAUGAUUUAAGGGAAGUGUGGGCAACCCUGUUCUUAGUUGUUUCACUGAAUCAAUUCAAUAUCCACCCAGGUCUGAAAGCUGUUCAUUAUUCCAUUCUACCUGCCUGGAGGACAAUAACCCUCCAGGACUGGAGUUGCCCCCCUCUGGUUUAGCAUCACUGUGGUCAGUCAGGGCAACAUUAGUCUGCAGUGUUUAUGUUCAGAGGGGUUUAGUGAUCAUUACUCUGUACAGUCAUCAUGGAACAUGUGCGGCUUGCCAACAGAGCUCUUUCAGCCCCCUGUCAGCUCUUUGGAGCAGCAAAGAUCCAAAGAUUGAGCCAAAAAAGAUUUUUCCAUGGGGCAAAAUAUUUUGCAAACUAGUUUUACUCCUUUUUAUCACUCACAGGUCCUAGCCAAUGAGAAUGUUUUGGGAAAAAACUAAAACAUUGAGUUAUUUUCUGGUUAUGCGUAUUUAAAAAGAUUUUAUAGAAAAUCAGUGGGGGAAAAAAUCAGAAGAAAACAUUGUCCUCAGCAAUGUUGCAGUAUUUUAUGUAACAUUUGUAGUUUGUAUUUUUACUCUGUAUUCAACAACUUGCCAUAGUUUUUUUUUUUUUUUUUUUUUUUUUACUAAUCAUUAGUUUGCAUUUAAAUGUAAUAUUAAAUUAUGUGCUACAGUGUUAUCCUCACCAUUAAAACAUAUGUGAAGCUAUUUGAUCUGACUGGAUUUUGUGUUUUUCUUCCAUUCAUACUUGUAAAAUGUUAUUCAGGGGGAAAUAAUGAUACAAUUUAAAUCAACAAAACAGACCCGAUCACAUGGAUUCUAACCUGCCUGCAC